AGCAGUGACAGCAGACUGUUUGGCUGGAUCGCGUUCUCUGUUUACUUUGCUUUUCUCUCUCACGUAGUGCGAAUCGUAGGAAGAACGGUGCGCUGGUGUUUUUAGUUUUACCGAACGACAUCCGGUAACCGGAAGUUGUAGUGAGCGUGAGUGUGCGAGGUCAAAGUACGAAAAUUAGCAAAGAAGUAACGCGUGUGCCAAAUCCGUUCGAAUCCGCAAGCGACAGCAAACAGCAACAGUGCACGAUGGCAGAAAAUAAAGGAAUGCUGCUGGCGAAAUCCGUCCAGAAACAUGCUGGCCGCGCCAAGGAAAAGCUUCUACAAAAUCUUGGCAAAGUCGACCGAACGGCAGAUGAAAUUUUCGACGAACAUUUGACAAACUUCAACCGACAGCACACCUGUGCAACCAGGCUGCAGAAAGAAUUCAGCAACUACAUCCGAUGUGUUCGUGCCGUACAAAAUGCCUCGAAAAGCCUCAUGGAAGCCAUUACCGAAGUAUACGAAAGCCAGUGGACCGGCUCGGAAGUGCUGUACGGCCAGGCUAAAACGAUCGACACACAGUACCAGCAGUUUUCGUACAAGCUGGCCGAUCAGGUACUGAAGCAGCUGGACACCUACGCGCUACAGUUUCCGGAAAUGAAGAAAAAGAUUGACAAACGUGGCCGCAAGUUGGUGGACUACGAUAGCCAGAGGCAUUCUUUCCAGAGCCUGCAAGCGAACGCUGCCAAGCGCAAGGACGAUCUGAAGGUUACGCGAGGCCGUGAACAGCUGGAGGAAGCGAAGAGCACAUACGAGGUGUUGAAUUCCGAGCUGCACGACGAACUGCCGGCCCUGUACGAUUCGAGAAUACUGUUCCUGGUGACGAACUUGCAGACGCUGUUCGCGUGCGAGCAGCAGUUCCACAGCGAAACGUCCAAGGUGUACGCGGAACUGGAAGCGAUCGUAGACAAACUGGCCACCGAAUCCCAGCGCGGCUCCUACACGCUGAAGAAGAUCAACGCUAACUCGAACCCAUCUAGCCCCCAGCAGUCACCGGUGAAGGCGAAUCUGUCGAUUGUGAAUAAUGUUACUAACGGGUCGGCCAACGCUAACGGACAUACCUCCGCGCAAAGUGUGCUACCGUCGCCGAGAACACCGUCACCCAACCAUCAGCUCGACCGGCAGGCGGAUGGGCCAGAAGAUGAAGACGACGAACCUUCCUACCAGAACACGGAAAUGGUAAAGGCGGCGGCGGCGGCGUCGGCCGCGACCAAAGCACCGACCACGAACGGUACCACCGCCUCGGACAGCACGGCAAAGCACGGCGAGCUGGAAUUGAACGGCAGCGCACCGAAGGAGAACGGUCAGCCCGCAGCGACAGCGGUGACGGAAAGUGUUCCGGCCACCACAAACGGUGCAGCGACAACGGACUUGCCACCGGGUGUUUUGUAUCGCGUGAAAGCUACGUACAAGUACGUCCGGGAAGACGUCGACGAGCUGAGCUUCGAGGUGGGCGAUGUCAUCAACGUGGUUGAGUACGAGGAUCCCGAAGAUCAGGAGGAAGGAUGGCUGAUGGGCAACAAGGAAGGCACAAACGAGAAGGGCAUGUUCCCAGCUAACUUCACCCGGCCACUGUAAAUUCGCCAUUAGUCGGUUCGGUUUUACAUAAGGAUACCGAGAUGUUUUAACACCGGAGAAUCCCAUGAAUCGCAAACCAUUUUUUUGUUUUCUGGUCGUCUUAGCUGAAAUGAAUGAAAGGAGAUUCAGCAACAGCAUCUUCCCAUGCCAUCUUCCGAAUAGAACAUCAUAAGCACGUAGAGUGACCGAUAAUUGUAUCCACACACACACACACACACACACACACACACACACAAACGUGUUUGUUGCCACCAUCCAUAACGCAGCGGUAAGGCAUUUGAAUAUUAGCUGUCCCACACAUCCCCCCCCCCCACACACAACACACAGAAAUCGAUAUAGUGUAGCAAAACGUACACCGGGUACACCGUUAUAUAAAAAAAAUCUAAAUGGAAUUGCAUCAGUGGCGCUCACCCUCCACCCUCAGAUCACCACCAUCCCGACAGUCAGUUAGUAGUUAGUUAGUCAUCCGUUUACUGGCGGGACCGAGUGAGUCACAGGUGGUAGAGAGCGAGCGUUGUGUUGUAUUGAGUUGCGUUGAAAGCAGAUGGUUUCAGUUUUCGGUUUUUAAUUCCCUCACGUUUCACCCCGUAGUAGCCGUACUGUGUAUUUUUGUUGCGUAUUAUUUUAUUAGUAAUCACGGCGCGCGCAACAUUGCAGCGCAAGCGUGGUGUUUGCGCGCCACCCUCGAUGAUGGUACCGGGUUUGGUAGUGAACCGAAGCAAUGGCGCAAUCUAAUAAUUGUAGUUUUCCCUGUCUUCCCGGUUCCGGUGAAAAAUAAGGCAAAUGUUGCAUAUUAGUAAUAUAUUAACUCCUUUCUUUGUUUAUGCACACCUAUGCGCCGCGGCAAUUGUACGUGUUGCUACGGCUAUUGCUGCUCUACACGAAAUCGUUAAUACCGUACGCGCAAGUCAUCAUCUAACUAUCUAUGAGCAUAAUGUCGUCGUUGCGUAACAAUGGAAAACUAAUGAAUAACGUGUGCCUUUUUAUUAAAAAAAGAAGAAGAAGAAAGGGAGCGCGAGAAAAAAAAGAAGAGAGCAAGCAGAAGAAACUAAGCAAAAGCAAUGAUUCGAAAACAAGAGAAAACAAAACAAAAUCGGCAACUAACGAAAUCCUUUUUCUUUCUUUCUUUUGCUGUCUUAAGUUAAGCUGUUAUCAUCUCGUUAUUUUAUGUUAUUUGAAAGGCAAUUGUUCUCGUUGUUUCUCCCUCAUACAGAUCCUUCCCUAACAGAGCUAUUUUUAGUUGGCCCUAACUUUUUUUCCUUUUGUCUGUAAAAAAAAAAACAAUUCAUGAGAAUCAAAUAUAACUUACUACGAGUACAAUCGACAAACAAACAAAAAUACUGCUGUUUUUUUUUUUGCAAGGAUGUAAACCAUUUUCGUUUUAUGUAUUUAAACAAAAAGAAACAGAAAGAGCGAGAGCGAGAGAGAGAGAGAGCGUGUGCGAACAGGAGGGCGGUAGAAGGUAGAAAGGUAGCAAGCAUUUCUUCCCGAUGAAACACAGCCGGCAGUUUUAGGUGUAAGCGAUGAAACCCCCAAAUCGAAAGAAAUAAAUAAAUCAUUUUGUUUGUGAA